AUGUCGCUCCUUCAAAACGAAGAUUUCAUCAUUUGGCAACUCCGUACAUCCUAUCUCUCUGCAAUCAAAGAUGGCGUUGGCGAUAGGCUUAUUACCCUCAAUUCUUCCGCGCUUAACACCCCCGGUUUUCGAGCCGCAGGAUGGACAGGAUCCGCAGCUGCUACAUACGCAGAGUCUCUGAAGAGAACAUAUUCUCCGCCCAUACCGGUCGCGACGGCGGUUUCGUCGGAAUACUUCCAAUCGAAGAAUAAUGAGAACGAUGCGAACCAUGAACGCGAGCACCGGUCUGGCUUUGGGUUAAGUGAUAACGAAGAAGGCGGAAUGAUAACCGGAGUAAGGGACGAUACGAAUACCAUUGCACCUUUGCCGCACAGAUCUAGCCCUGGAAAGAAAGGUCGGAGACGGAGGCAGCAGACUCAGGAGGGAGCACAACUUCCCAGACAUGGCGAGGUCGAAGAGGACGAUAGCAGCGACUUGAGUGAUGACAGCGAGGAGGAUGUUGGCGGGUCGAAGGCUGUGCAUCAGAUAAAAUUCACCAAGAUGCCCGUAAGAGGCCGCGCUGGAUCUUCUCCAAUCAGGGGUUCCGCUGGUCUUGAGGGUCCCAAGGUACUCGUCACUUCACCAUCUAUCAGAUCUGUUGUGACCCGGUUUCGCCGAAAUUCAUUGGGUGCGGUGGAAGCUGUCAAGGCUCGUUCUCGCGGUGACACCAUCACCAGCAGUGACAUGUCAUCGGACAACGACGUGGAUCCGGAUGUUCUGAAACGACGGCAGAUCCACUUUUCUGGAACCGAGGAAAUAAUUGAAAUGCGAGACGAGACAUCCAGUGAAAAAUUAGAGGAAGAAGCAGAGUUAGAGGCUGCAAUAGCUGGCGGCAUUCAUGAUAACGACGAUGAUUCCAUUGCGGAAUCAGUUGGUUCUGCCCUGUCUUCUGAAUUCGGCGUAACAGCAGAAUCAACCACUCUGUUAGAUAGAGUGGCUAUCGGUGGAAGUUUACGUUCUACCUCGCGACUACCGAUUGAAGCACGGGACACUUCGCCCAGGAAACCCAGGGCACUUUCACCGAUUCUACAAACGAUCCCUCGGCCUCGUCCAAUCAGUACCAUCGGGGCAACCAGUCUACUUUCCUCCAUGCUCCAAGCCCGAAAACAAACACCUGCCAAUCCAUUAGAGAAAUAUGCCGCGUUUUCGGGGAAGAGUGACACCGGGACUCCACUCUAUAUCAAAAUCUAUGUUCCAUCAUCUUCCACACCCACCAAACCGAUUGAUAUCCCCGCAGUCCGGGAAUCAAAAGACAAAAGCCAGCCGGGACAGAUUACUGUGGCACAAGCAAUUGGAUUAAGUCUUUGGAGAUACAUGGAAGAAGGCCUCAAACCAGAGCUGAAAGAGAGGAGACUCAGUGUGAACAGCUGGCAUCUCCGGAUGGUGGAUGAUGGCGAGGUUGAUUAUGACUUUCCACCUCUCAGUCGCGAUCGACCCCUCGCGGAUUUCACAUCCAAUAACAAUCGCGCAGCCGCAGUCCGAGGGAGGUCUAGAAGUAAGCCUUACGACGAAUUUGCGCUUGUCGAGGCGACAGACGCCGAGUUCAAAGUGAAUGAGCAGCGUUACCCCAAUUACAGCGUGGCUUCUAUCCUUGAGGAUGCCGAUGAGUCCCAACAAUUGCCAGUGCAGCCUACUUCAAUCCCCGUUAACAAAGGAGUCACAAACAGUCGAGCCAACCCAAUCCUUGGGCAGCCAUUUCCAUCAGCGUUAAAUGAUAGCACCCUAACGCCAGCCGAUCGUCCUGCCGUACCAGUCUCACAUGCUACUCCUAGGAUGGGAGUUUCGAAAAAUCUAAGGGUUCGAUACUUCGACCUUGAGUCAUCAACCCGCACCACGACCUUGCAGACGUCGACAGACAGUUAUAUCGCGGAAAUCUUAGAUUCCGUUUGCAAGAAAUGGGGUUUAGACAAGGGCAAUUUUCUAUUGAAAGUGAUGGGCUCUAAUACUAUCGCUCCUCUCGACCGCACGGUUGAAGCUCUCGGCAAUAUCUCAGACCUUGAUCUUGUCCGGCGCCGUUUUGGAAUUGGCCCGCUCUCGUUGACGGGAUCACCAGGCAGCUCUUCGCCAAAUGCACCCUUGUUGGUCGAAACCCAAAACCCCAAUGUUACAACGAAGAAGGGAAAGAAAGCGAAUCGUAUGUUGCAUCCGCUGGCUCAACAGCAAGAUAUCAUCGGGGGCUACUAUCGACGCUACCAGGUGAUACGCAAACAGUCAAUGUCGCUCACAGCCUCCAGCCAGCGGGUGCUUGCAUUCGAUCACGACUACAUCCACAUUCUCCCAGCUGAAACUGGGCGGACACUGUUCGAGUCGAAUGCCAAAUCGACAUCAAUCUCGUUCAAUGAUGUGGUGGGCUCGAAAGUCAGCAGAAGACAUCCAAAGAGUUUCCGGAUUGUCGUAUUGAGAGGCAACGAAGCCAACGAACAGAAGCGUUAUGACUUUGAAGCGAAGAAUAUCUUGGAAGCGGCGGAGAUUGUGGAAGAAAUCAAGAAGAAUAUGAUGCAUUAUCGGAUCUGA